UUAAGAGAGCAGAAAAACAACGACUUUUUGGGAUAAUAACGUCGGAUCUAUUCUAGAAUUUUGAAAAUGUCUUCAUACUCAAACGCGUCCGAAAGUAAUGGCACAGAGAUGCCGUUCCCAAGUUGCUACACUAAAAGUGGCCCAUCAGCUGAAAAUAUUGGCAAAACGUUAGCCUAUAGCUUGAUUUUUUUUGUUUCGUUGGCUGGAAAUGCUUUCAUUGUCAUUAUUGUUUACAAGGCGAAAACCAUGAGGAAAACAAUCAACUUUUUUAUCGUGAACAUGGCAAUCUCCGAUCUUUUGCUCCCAGUUUUCGCGAUUCCACUUACUGUGACAGAGUUUUACACUGACUCCUGGCUGAUUGGUGGAGCGUUUGGUCAGGCCACGUGCAAACUGGUCUCCUUAUUCGAAGAUGUUUCCACUGCUGUGUCCGUUCAAAGCCUGAUUCUUAUUACAGUAGAUCGAUUUGGAGCAGUGGUCGUUCCUCUCCGCUCUCCACUCAUCACUCCCAAGCUAUGCUUGUUCAGUGUGUUUUCCACUUGGGUCGUGGCAAUUGCGAUGUUCUCUCCGUAUCUGUUCGCCGUUAAACUCGUCAGUGUUACUCCUGGGAAAUUGACAUGCACCCUACUUUGGAAUGACACGUUUGGGGAAUCUUCCAAUCCCAUAUUCUUUUUCUUAGCUGCUUUGGCUAUAUUCCUAUAUAUACCUUUUUCCCUGAUGAUCAUACUGUAUUCAAUCAUACUCGUGAAGCUCAAAUCCCAGAAGCCUCCAGGAGAACAUUCAAUCAAAGUUAAGAAACAUUUCAUCAAGAGACAGCGAAACGUACUCAAGAUGGCCACUGCUAUUGUAAUUGGCUUUGCAGUUUGUUGGAUGCCAGUUAGUAUCUACAACGUUCUUUCUCUCCUAGUAUGGGAUACAACUAAACUAUUAUCGUGUAAUAUGCUGCAAUAUCAUUUUAUCGCAUCAUUUAUAGGUCGCGCAAACUGUGCAGUAAAUCCUUGUAUUUGCUUUAUUUUCAGUGAGAAUUAUCGUCAAGGGUUAAAGAAUAUUUUUUAUUUUUUUAGCCCGCACUCGGAGUGGAAUUCAAUUUUCCGCAAAAGGAUAGAAUUUUCCCAUCCCAAGAAGUGGUUCUCGAAUAAAAGUACGCGCCAUUCCUUGAUUGUCGAUGACCAGCCAAGUAAUAAUUUGGUGAUGAUUACGCCAGUUUGACAUUGAUAUGCUUCUCGUCCAAAAUUUUUUGUCAGGGGAGAGGGGAGGGGUGAGGAUUAGUAACGGCCAGCCACCCAGUUCUCCCUCAAUUUUCACCAGCUAUUACUCGUUUCUCCUGCAUGACAAAAAAGAAACGCGGAUUUCUGGGAACAGAAAAACUUUAUUAGUUGAUUUGCGACCGAUGUGCUCAUUUGCCGUUAUGGUUGUCUAAUUCAAUCAUAUCAUUUUAUGAUAGUUGCUUGUUAGCAGUGUUUGCCAAAGACAACCUCUAACUUG